AUGGUCAUCAACCAGUUUCAAACACACCAGAUACAAACACUCCACCUCAAAACCUUAGAAAACGCCCAUUUACCUGCACUGAAAUCCUUAUAUCCUCUGGCUCCAGCUAUAAGAGGUGGUGGCUGCAGCCUAUUGGGCGGUGGUACAUUGACAGGCGGCAACUGCGGUGGUGGUUGGCUGAGAAACGCUGGCUGCGGGCCUUGUUGCAGUUCUCCGCCAGGCGUUAGUGCAUUCACGCUCACCGAUAGGAAGUACGCUAUACAUUACUAA